GCCGCGUUCUGUGCGCCAUUCCUGCGGCUGCACCUCGGCGGCCCGGACAGUAUCACGGCCUAUGCUCUCCAGGACAACCAGCUCUGGCUUCGGCACCUCCAUACCCAAGUUGUGCAGGUUCUCGGAGCAGCCUAUGUCCUCUACAAGAACAUCACCGACGGUGGAAACUUGCUCCCGCUAGCCGCAUGGUUGAUGUUCGCCGUCGGUGUUGUCAAGUAUGGAGAGAGAACAUGGGCACUCAGGUGCGGCAACCUGGAGACUAUCCGCAGCUCUGUCAGGAAGCAACCACCCGCCAUGCAUAACCAUUUUCAUCUUCAGGAUAAGAGGUUGGCUGAACCAUCAGACAAGACUGGACGUUUGGACGAGGAAUCUCAUGUGCGAAGAGCACACUCGCUGUUUCACAUCUGCAAGCGUGCCAUGGUUAAUUCUUCAGUGAUCGAAAAGGCAGACGGCCAGAAAAUCACGCAAAAAAUGCUGGCUGGUGGCGUCGAGCAAUGGACGUUGAUGGAGAUGGAGCUCUCCCUCAUGUAUGACAUCCUGUACACCAAAGCUGCUGUGAUCCACACCUGGCCCGGCUACUGCAGCCGUGUCAUCUCACCGCUCGCCAUUGUGGCCGCACUGCUGCUGUUCCAGUUCAGUGGAGAGGACCCUGGCCACCGGAAAGUAGAUGUUGCCAUCACUUACAUCUUGUUCGCUGGCGCCUUGUUCAUGGAGACGACAUCCCUGCUGAAUGCGCUAGUGUCCUCAUGGACAUUUGCUUUCCUGAGUACCACGACAUGUCGUUGGCUCCGAUUCGAAGCUCUGUGUAAUGAAAGAUGGGAUCGGCUGCGCGGCGCCGUCCUAGCACUUCACCGUCUAGUCACCGGUGGAGAUCCCAGGUACAAGUCAAGGAGGUGGUCGGGCAACAUGGGGCAGUACAACAUGCUGCACUUUUGCACUCGCCCUGACUCACUGACCAGACCUCUGGUUGGCAGGUUGGCCAGCGUGGUUGGGCUCAGGGAAUUAUGGAACAGGAAGCAUUACUCAGGGACCAUUAAGAUGCCGACCCGUGUCAAGGUGUGCAUCUCUAAACAUAUGGGUCUUGUAUACGAGGAGGGGAGGCUGAACGCCCUAGGAAUGCUCAGGAAAAAGUGGGGUGAGGAACCACUGCUUAGCAAGGGUUUGUACCAGGGCGUCCUCAAGAACUCCCUGGGCAUUGAGUUCCAAGAAGGCAUCAUCAUCUGGCACAUCGGCACCGAUCUUUUCCUUGCCAUGAGCGAGAGGGCCAAGGCCGAGGACGUGCUGCCUCAUGUGAAGGCCAUCAAGGUGUUGUCCAACUACAUGAUGUUCCUCCUGGUGGGACGCCCCUACAUGCUACCAGGCAACGCACAGAACAGGUUAUACCAGCUAACCUGCAAAAACCUGGAGGACCAGGUGCAACGGACUCAUAGCGGUCGUAGCAAGAGUAUCUUUGGUAUGCUCAAGAGUCUGUUUCGCCUGCGCGAUGGCCCUGGAUCUACUUCCAGGGCCACCGACAGUGAAGAGCUUGCCAAAACCCUAUACCAGAAGUAUGGAAGUCAAAAGUUCAGCCAUGAUGCUCCCCGUCUCGCGUAUGCGGCUCGGCUUGCUAGGAAACUGGUAAUAAUGGAGAAAGAUGGCACAGCUGACUCCUUGCAGGUUGUUCUUGACGUUUGGGCGGAUAUCAUGGUCUACGCAAGCAACAAAUGCAGCAGGGAGUCCCAUGCCAAGAAGCUCAACAGUGGCGGUGAGUUGACAACCAUCCUCUGGCUUAUGGCUGAACACAUCUACCAACGUUAUGUCGAGAAGGAUCUCUACAAAGAUUUUCUCAAUAGAACUAACGAUGACGAUGAUGGUGACAACGUAUAGUGCCAUUUUGUUAUAUUUUCCAGGCCAUGUAAAUAGGGUGGUGUUUCACUUCUUGAUCGAA